CUGUCUCACAUCUCUCACAAAACAGAGAAGGGAGAGAAGAGAGGUGUCACUUGUUUGUCUCUCUAUCUCUCUUUCUCUCACAUUUUGUUCCAAACGAAAGGGUACACUCUCUUUACAAUCUCUGUCCAUUGUUUUCCCUUGCCACUCUCCUCUAUACAUUCUUCAUUUUCAAUCCAUUUCCACAUUUCUGUUUCUUCCUUUCUUCACUCCUUAAGUAUUUUUUUCUAUAAAUAAAAAAAGACAAAAAAAAAUCAUAUUUUCUUUUUUCUGGUGUGCGAUCAUUUCCUUUUUCUUCCUUCCGUACUGAUCUUGAUCCUUCAAGGAUUUGAGAUAUGGAAUCUCAGUUAGCUCAUGUUUCAGUUGAAACUGUAAGUGAAAAGAACAAACUUCCGAAGGAAAAUCAGAAAAUGAAGAAUCAUGGUGUAGAGGUUAAUGAGCCGAUAAAAUUUGGUUCUCAUGGUACUAAAGAAUCAAUUAAGGAGGAAGGGAAAAAAGUUCCUGCGAUCGGCCUCCGGAAGGAUGCUGUUGAGGACUGGCCUGAACCUAAGCAGAUCCAUUCUUUCUACAUUAUUAGAUAUCGGCGAUUUGAAGACCCAAAACUGAAGCCCAAAUUUGAUCAGGCAGAAAAAGAGCUACAGAAAAUGAACAAAGAAAGAUCUCAAAUUAUCGAAAAAUUGCGGGCCAAGAGGGCAGAACGAUCAGGGUUGAUAGGCCAAAGGCAAUCUGUGAGUGCUGAAAAUCAGGAGUUUUGGACAGUAAUUGAUGGGAAGAGAAAGGAAAUGGAACCUCUGCAGGAUGCCCUCGGCAAGCUCCGUGGUCCUAGGAAAGCUGGAAGAGAGGGGAGUUCUAGUCUGUGUUCAUCUGAGGAGGAGCUUGAUAAAUUUAUUAAAAGUCUGCAGUACCGCAUUCAGCAUGAAAAAAUUCCUCUGAAUGAAGAGAAGCAAAUUCUUAGAGAAAUUAAACGACUUGAAGGAACAAGGGCAGAGGUAAGAGAACGUAUGGGCAAGCUCCGUGGUCCUAGGAAAGCUGGGAGAGAGGGCAGUUCAUGUUCAUCUGAGGAGGAGCUUGAUAAUCUUAUUAAGAGUCUGCAGUACCGCAUUCAACAUGAAAGCAUUCCUCUGACUGAAGAGAAGCAAAUUCUUAGAGAAAUCAAACGACUUGAAGGAACAAGGGGAGAGGUAAGAGAAAAUAUGGCUACGAGGGCACAGAUUCAGGAUUCAAUGGGUGAAAAAGAAACAAUCCAAAAGCAGGUUAAGCUUAUAAGUGGUAACCUUGAUGGGGUUCGGAAGGAGCAACAGGCGGUUAAGGCCAAGCUAAAGGUACUAGAUGAUCAGCUCGAUGCCAAUACCAGCCAGAUUAAGUCUUUGGAUGAGGAGUUGAAGGAAGUAACAAAGAAGAGGGACAAAGCUUUUGUAAAUGUUCAGGAAUUGAGAAAUCAACGCGAAGAAGGGAACGCUCCUUUCUACCAAAACUUUGCACUGUUGCAAAAAGCAAAACUGCUAGCAGAUAAGAAGGAUGUCGAAGCCCUUAAACAACUCACACUUACUGAGGUCGAUAAAUUUAUAUCCCUAUUUAGUGGUAGUAAGCCCUUUCGGGAUGACUAUGAGAGGAGAAUUUUGACAUCACUUGAUAUUAGGCAGUUGAGCAGGGAUGGCAGGAUGAGGAACCCUGAUGAGAAACCUCUGGUCUUACCACAGGCACAGACUGUUUCACAGUCUGAGAUUGUCGAGAAAACUAAUGCUAGACCAAAAAAGGAAGAAUCAGUGCCGCCUGCUCAGAAUGUAAACAAAGACAAGAAUACCAAGAAGCCAAAAGAUGCAAGUAGCAAAGUUACAGAAAAGUACAUCUUUCAUGUUGAAGAGGAGAUCCAUGGUUUAGAAAAUAAACCGAAAAGCAAGGAAUAUGAUGAGGCAAGGUUAAAGGAAAUGAAGAAAGAGGAGGAGAUUGCAAAAAAUCGGCAGGCAAUGGAGAGGAAGAAGAAGUUGGCAGAGAAAGCAGCUGCCAAAGCAGCAAGAAAAGCUCAGAAAGAAGCUGAAAGGAAAAAGCUCAAGGAAAUUAUCCUUAUCAUUCUAUCAUUAGUUUUUGGUGUUGCGUCUAAGGAAGUUACAUUGGCUAUGGACUUAUAUAGCAUCUUUACUCCUUUCAGGAACUUGAGAAGAAGGCGAAGAAGAAGGCUGGAGCUUCUGUUCCUGGUCAGGAGUCUACUGAGGAACCAAGUGAAACAGCUGCAGAGGUUGCUGAGGAAGACAAGGAGGAGGAAAAGGUUGAAACAUCAGUUGCACCUAAGCUCAAGGACCCGAAAGGGAAGACUGUCAGGCAUCGACCAACACGUGCAAAAGGCACGGAGAUUUCUAAAACUAUACUAAAGCGCAAAAAGGCAAUCAACUAUUGGCUAUGGGCUGCUCCUGCUGCUCUUGUAGUUCCGCUACUUCUAGUAGCAUACACAUAUCUUCUCUAGGAUAUGAUGAAAGUCAAAAGUAGAGGAGGGAAACUUGGUAUUGCUUACAGUGUUGCAAUAGCAAGGUCUGUUUUUGUAAUCAUAAGUCAAGCUUAUUUUUUCGCAUCCUUGACUGAGGAUGGAAAAGUCAUAAUGUUGCUGGUAGAGAAGGCGUCCGCAGAUGCUUACGGAAAGAGUAACUAUGCAUGUUGGAUUUUGGUCGGUGUAGUUUCAAGUUUUGACAUUUGCUUAAAGAUUUUCAUCUUGGCAUUAAUUGUAAACAAUUAAGUUCUUUAUGAUCUGCCUACAUUCUGUUUAUUAA